GGCCUGCCCUGGUUUGAGAACAGCUGAUAAUGGACAUUGUUCGCGUUCUCCCGAAGAACCUUUAAAACAUGGAUAAUACCAUUUUAAACCAACAAGCUGGUUGGAGUGCGAGCUGAUCAGGGAGGAGAGAAUGUUGGCGUGGCUCGUCUGAUGAUUUCUAUUGGCUAGUUGAUUUUACGAACGUUCCAUGAUUGUCAGACGUCACUGGUGGGCGAUGGUAUUUCCGGUCUAACGCUACGUUAGGUUCAUCGACGACGCCGGUAACUAUCAGGGGCAUCGUCUUGGACAGAGGGGAGGAUUAAGGUAGCUCUAAAUAAAGCUGGCAGAUUAAGAAACAUGACACCAGCAUGUUCUGUUUCACUUUGUCUGGGUACGAGCAACUGAAGACAGGAGAAAAUAUUCAAUGGAGACGGUCAGACUAUCCAGGACUGUAGCUAAAGGACAUCAAAGACAUUGGAUUGAGGGAACAACACAAAUGCUUGUCUUUCAUGCAGUUAUAGAAUGCUAAUACAAUUAUGAGUAGUUGCAUGUUGGUCAAACUUGACCUUAACAAAAACCUUAUUUGAUUGGAUUGUCUGCAUGUGAAAAGGGCACUCAUUAGUGAAACAAAAUUGUUUUCCUCAGAACUACAAAUCUAAUAAAAAUGGACAUGUGGACAUAUUCAGUAACUUCUAAUCCUAUAAAAAACAAACGGAGCAAUGCUUUGGUCUACUGCAAAAUGGAUAGCACAGAGCCUUAAACAGCUGCAAGAUGCGUACAAGGGAAAGUCAGGUGUCUCCACAGGUACAGCGAUACAACCUUUACACUCGGAAGGAGAGCUCAGAAUGUGGGUCAGAGAAAGAAGAGGUAGACCCUUCCAAGCACCUGACACCCUUGCAAAAGUUAACACUUGAGAUGUGCAAUAACGAAGACACCAUAAAGGAAAUAACCAUUGGUAGAAGGGUAGGCUUCUACAAAGUCCGUGGUCAAAUAGGCUGUGGGAACUUUUCGAAAGUCAAACUGGCCUUCCAUGCCCUCACCAAAGACAAAGUUGCCAUUAAAAUCCUAGAGAAGAUGAGGUUUGAGCUGCAGACCCAGAGGAUGCUGGCCAGAGAGAUAUUCAACAUGGAGAGUUUGUAUCACCCAAACUUACUGCAACUCUAUGAGGUUGUGGAGACGCCAAGUCGGUUGUACCUGGUUCUGGAGUUCGCUGGAGGAGGUGACCUCCACACCAGAAUCAGCACAGGAGGAAAACUCUCUGACCGAGAGAGCAAGAUUAUAUUUGCCCAAAUUCUAUCAGCAGUCAAAUACAUGCACGAGAACAACAUCAUUCAUCGCGAUUUGAAGGCUGAAAAUGUUCUCUAUACCAAAAACGGCUGUGUAAAGGUAGCUGACUUUGGCUUCAGCACAAGGGUCAAUAAUCACAACCAAGCCCUAGACACUUUUUGUGGUUCUCCCCCUUAUGCUGCUCCGGAGCUCUUUAAAGACGAGUAUUACAUUGGGCCACCUGUGGAUGUGUGGGCAAUGGGCAUCCUCCUCUUUUUCAUGGUGACUGGCACCUUGCCUUUCCCUGCUGACACUGUAGCCAAGCUUCGCCUCAGCGUGCUGGAGGGGGCCUACGCCCUGCCAACCUGGGUAUCAGCUCCGUGUCAGCGGUUGAUCAAGGGGAUCCUGAAGCCAGACCCAUCAGACCGAUGUGCAUUGGACCAGAUGUUGGGCUGUGAGUGGCUGUUGCCAGUGGAACUCUCUCGCCCACUUCCUCACUUAUCCCAGCUCAACCCUGUUUAUCUCCUGGAGGCUGGCCCCGGGGAGCUAGACAGAGACCUGGAGGAGGUAAAAGAAGUCCUGAAGGACCUGGGAAUCACUGAGGAACAUAUUCUCAAUAACCAAGGAAAAAGUAUUCGCAGUCCCAUUAUAGGGGUUUACCGCAUAUUGUUGCACAGAGUUCAAAUAAGCAGCGGGGCAGAGUGUGCACCAAUAAUCAGUGGAGUUGUCAAAGAUCCUAAAAGAGAUAGUCUCCGUGCCUACAAGAAUUUACUGCACUCCUCAAAACUGUGUGUCCUCUCUUAAUGGGCAGUGGUGGCUCAGUGGUUGAGGCUCAGGGUUACUGACCAGAAGGUUGGGGGUUCAAGCCCCAGCACCACCAAGAUGCCACUGUUGGGCGCUUGAGCAAGGCCCUUAACCCUAUCUGCUCCAGGGGCGCUGUAUCAUGGCUGACCCUGCGCUCUGACCCCAGCUUAGCUGGGAUAUGUGAAAAACUAAUAAAUUUCACUGUAUAUAUGCAAAAAACUGUGUGUAUAAUGUGUGACCAAAAUAAAGGAUUCUAUUCUAUUAAUCAGCGUAACACAAUGUGACUUUGCAUUUCAGUUAUGAUGGCUAUUAGUAUUGCACUAAAUUGCAUUGUUGUCACUAGCUGUCACUAAUAAAAUCAGAAAAUGUCCUAUUUAAUUUCUGUUUCUAAGUGUUAUUGCAACAUCGUAAUGCCUCUUUUCAUGAUGAACAAAUAUAAACAGUCUUUUGACAGAAAAGUCAAUCUAGACCAUACGUGCUCUCAGUAUAAAUUAAGUAUUCAGUUAGAAAAUAUAUGCUUAUAUAUUGUACUUUUAAAAUGAUUUCCUUUGGCCAGUGGCUUACUUGUAUUAUUCUGAUAGGAAAUGUGGCUUCUAUGAGUGGCUUAAUUUAUGUGACAUUUAUGUGUUUCAGUUUUUACA